AUGUCUAAUCUAUAUUCAGCUGGUACACCACAUAUACAGGAGUUACAAAAUAUAUUAGAUUCCCAACAGGAGGAGUGGGCUGCUAUUAAGGAGAACUAUACAACUCAAAAUUCAUUAAUUGCUAAAGAAAACUGUACACUCAAAAUGAAACUUAGCGAACUAGAAAACAAGGUCAGCCAACUCAUUAGAGAAAACGUGCAACUUAGAUCUCAGGUCAGUCUUAAUAAACUGGAAUUUCAAAACAAGCUAGCUUCCCAAAUAAAUGUCCUAGAAAAUGGUGUCAUACAAAGACUGGAAGAGGUUCUAUACAUGUUCGAUAGCAUACGAAAAAAAGAAUCAUUACCCAGCCGACCAACAAGUACAAAUGAAACAGUAGAUAGAAUUAAAAAACGGAGGCAAUCAAAUGAGGAAGCCAGGAAUAGAAGAAGAAGUAGGUCAGUAUCUACAGGAUCAGCCCAUUCGACUUCAUCAAUGAAGAGACGGUCAUCUACCUUUGGGGAGGAUUUGAUUGACGCCUCGAUCAAGAGAGCACUAGAUAAUGCUCAAUCAAACUCUUUACAGACAUCUGAUACUUUGAGAUUAAGUGAGCUACCAGGUUUAAACGAAAUUGAUACGAAUAAUGUUAAUAAUGAUAAUCUACUAUCACCAAUACCGCAUAAGAAGAGAAAAAGCAACAGAAGAAAAUCUAUCUAUGUUCCAGAACUACCGAAACCUAACAACGAGCCACUUAUGGAAAAUACUAUUGAACAACAGGAAAAUAUUUGUUCAGAAUCCUUAAUACAAGAAGGCGAACAAUCUGAAAAAUUAGGAGAAAAUUUGGAUGCUGAUCAGAGCCAUGUAGAGGAUCAGUCCUUUAGUUUCACAAAUUCAGUAUUGGAGUAUUCGAUUCCGGAAGAAAAUACUUUACCUAAACAAGAUAUAUUGGAUGAAACUGAGAAAAGAGACACUGCUGUAAAUCAAAAGAAAAAGCUAGAAAUUUUCCAUGACCCACCUGUAGAGGAGUUAUCUUCAAGCAAAAAUGAAAAGCCGCCAGAGAAUUCUAUUACGAACGAUCCUGCCUUUAUUACAGUAACUGGAAACAAUAAGGUGAAACAUUCCAUGAAAUCAAGAAAACCUAAGAAAAAUAAAGGAUCUGUAGAUGAGAGUAUGCCUUGCACCCAGUCAACUGAAUCUGUAGACUUUGACAGACCUAGAAGAACAAGAGGUAAAACUGUGGACUAUAGGCUGCCUUCUCUAAGGGCAAAAAUGAGGAGACCAACUGAAAAACUAGUUGAUGCUACUACAACUGUAAAUAUCCAAGAUUUACAAGUAAAAUACAAAAAGUCCAAGAAGGUACUUGAGAAAGAACUCAAGACAGAUAUGAAAGCAAUGAAAUCUCCUAAAAAAAAUGAAAAAACAUUUGAGUCUGGGACUAUUUUCAAAAAGAUUUCCAGAGACAAUGAAAGUAGGCCCAGUAGUACCCAUAGCACCAGUAGUGUCGAUGCGGAAUGCUCACACAACAACAGUCAUAGCGAAAAUAUAAACUCUUCAAUUAAUGAUACAACUCAUUCUUCAUUCAACAACAGCACUAAAUCUGUACUUUCAGAUAUUACAAACAUAUCUAAAAAUAAGCAACAACAGAAAACAAAGAAGCUGUUAAAGACAGCAAUUAUCAAUGAUAUAUAUGACGAUAAAACUAAGAAUGCGCAGAAAACUGUGAGUUUCAGAGUCAAUGAGGAUGAUCUGUCAGUUUUUGACUUAAUACAGCAUAAUGAUACCAAUAAGUCAAGUCCCAAAACUUAUAGGUCAAGAUCCAGAAAGAAUAAAGCUUAA